UUGUUGAGAUUCUGCAGCAACAACAAGUUCUCUAAAACGUCAAAACAAACAAUGGCUUCUAAACUGAUUUUGGUCACCCUUUGCUUGGCUGCCGUCAUUGCUGCCACAUCUGCUCGUCCCCGAUUCUUGGCCAUCCCAAUUGAAGACAUCCAGUUCAUCAACGAACCGUCUUCUUUCAACCCCGUUCAUCAUCGUGUCGCCCGCCAGGCCAACACUGAUCAUCUCGAACCCGAGCAUGCCGCAUCUUCCAGCUACCCCAGCGGAGGCAGUGACGCUGUUGACUACGGAGCGUACACUGGCGGAAAUGGAGCUUUCGGCUGGUACUCUGACCACCCCGUCGGCAACUAUGGUUCCAGCUAUUAAAAAACGAAUACAAUAUAAAAGUCGUAAUUCUGCAGACCUCCACCGGACACUGGCAAAAGACCGACGUCCAACAGCCAGCUCAUUCGUUAUUUAACAAAGCUAGUUUCUCUAAAGGUUGUGCCUAUCUCCGAACUAUGUUGUCCGCAAUGACCAUGUAAUUGCGAGGCAAAUACAGCAACCCAUUUUCAUCGCAUUUACAAACUGAAUUAUUUUUGGUUUUGCAUUGGGCUUGGCGUUCACCGUGCGUCCGCAUCUUCAUACUGAACCACUUAAAAAUGACCGUUUGAAAAUUAAUUGCACGAUGCGAUUUGGAAUAAAGAAAUAUGAAUCGUAA